AUGGUGGUUGGACCGGCGCUGGGUGGACCGGCGCCGAAGCCCUCCCGACAAAAUCUCCGAAGCCGACGAUCGCGAAUCGGAGAGCCCGAAGCGCUUCAAGCCCGAGUCGGUUCCGUCGAACUCGGGCUUUCUUCGGCCCGCCCGGCCCGGAAGUGUGAUGGGAAGCUUCGGUGCGGUUGGGCUGAAUCCGGGCAGCGGGCGGCCCGAGCACCGCUCGAAGAUGCGCCUUCGGGCUUUCAGCUCGGCUGCUCGACGGCGCGGCUGCUGCUGCUUCGGGGAUUCCGAAUCUCCUCCGUGAUUUCCAAAUCGCGAGCUAGGGGAAUCGCUGCCGCCGAUUGGUUGCGAUUCAUGAGUUCCUCGUUGGAUCUACUCGCUCCAUCGCUUGAGACAGUGGAGACUACUAAGGAAAUCAUAGUCCCUGUAGAUGCUAGCCCUUUUGAAAUAAUUACAGGCGAAAAGAGAAAAAGAGAAGGAGGUAGAGUAAGGUCGAGAGUGUGGCAACAUUUCACCAAGCUUGAAAAGAGGCCAGGCGAGCGAGAGGAAUGCAGGUGCAAUUAUUGUGGUAAUCUAUAUGUGUGUUCGAGCAAGUCUGGUACAACACAUCUAAAUCGCCAUAUAUUCGAGGGGGGGUGCCCCAAGUACAAGCCGACUCUAAGUGAGACGCAAAAUCUUACUAGUUAUCCAAAAGACGAUUUAGAUGACGACGACAACGUGACACCUUUGAGAGUUGACGCAGAGCAUAGUACAAGGAAUUUCUCUGAACAGGAAGUUGCUGAAAAUUUGGCAUCCGAACUAGUGCAACUGAAGGAAGAGAAUACAAAGCUUCUACAUGAAAGAGAUGAUUUGGCAGCCCAAAAGACAAGUCUUGAGCAACUAAUAGUAACUAUGGCAACUGAAACGGCUCGCCUAAUGGAAGAAAAUACUAAGCUGAAGGAAGAAUGCGCAAAGCUUCAAGAAGAGAAACAGAAAACAGUCACCAGAGAGGAAUUUGUGCAGCUGGAAACGCAAGUUUCGAAACUUAGGGAGGAUUUUGAACGCGAUAGACGAGGAUUUCCAGCAGCUACAAUGGCAGCUCUGGCGCACUUACAGAACGGAAGAUAACUGGAACAUCCACCCCACCACACAGCGAGCGCCAAACGGUUCGCUCAUACAUCUGGCCUUUGCAUUUCAAACUUGCCCCAGACUUCUAAAUCAGAGAUUGCAACGCUCCCUGACGUUCACCCUGUACCAUAAUGUUAGCCAUUGCUUUCGUACCGUGGUUGUAAUGUCCAUCCCGUUUUCUGCUUUUUACGGUCUGCAGUUCCAAUUGUCAACUAGACACUGGUAUUUUCAUCACCAUGUAUUAGAAAACGUAGCAAUAUCUUCCAGCGUUGUAUCGCCCCUCCCGGGCAUGGAUCCUGUUUGCUGCUUGCUGCACGGGAUUGUUUGCAGUUCUCA